CGCGCAACGAUAUCGGUGCAAGGCAGACACUGGGAUUUUUCCACUUCAGGCUCCCGACACGAGGAACAAUCCCUGGGCGGAGAAGUCGGCACCGCCUCCUUCCUCUUUCUUCGGGCGAACAUGGCUGCAGCCGCCGUCUGCUCGGCCGUGAAGAUUGGAAUUAUCGGAGGGACUGGUCUGGACGAUCCUGAGAUAUUAGAAGGUCGAACAGAGAAAUACAUUGAUACGCCAUACGGAAAGCCAUCAGAUGCACUGAUUUCAGGAAAGAUAAAAAAUGUUGACUGUGUGCUUCUAUCCAGGCAUGGGAGACAUCACUCUAUCAUGCCAACAAAUAUCAAUUUCCGUGCCAAUAUGUGGGCACUAAAAGAAGAAGGUUGCACCCAUCUACUAGUGACUACUGCCUGUGGUUCAUUACGAGAAGAGAUUCAGCCUGGAGAUCUCAUUAUAAUUGACCAGUUCAUAGACCGGACCACAAAAAGGCAUCUCACUUUCUAUGACGGGACCAAUUCCUGCCUCCCAGGAGUGUGCCAUGUUUCUAUGGCGGAACCUUUCUGUGCCAAAACAAGAGAAGUUCUCCUGGAUGUUGCCAAAAAGCUUGGAAUCAAGUGUCACUCAAAGGGGACGGUAAUUACAGUCGAGGGACCACGUUUUAGUUCUCGGGCUGAAAGCUUGAUGUUUCGCAACUGGGGAGCUGAUGUUAUCAAUAUGACGACAGUCCCAGAAGUCAUUCUGGCAAAGGAGGCGGGAAUCUGCUAUGCGAGCAUUGCCAUGGCAACCGAUUACGACUGCUGGAAAGAACAUGAAGAAACGGUCUCAGUAGACAGAGUUUUGAAGACCCUGAAGGAGAACGCAAACAAAGCAACUAGUUUGCUACUCACUGCCAUACCACAGGUUGGAUCCAUGGAAUGGUCAGAAACCCAUCAGAACUUGAAAAAUACUGUGCAGUUAUCCGUUAUGCUACCAAAACAUUGAAAACCUAGCAAGAUAUGGUACUUGAAGAUCACAAGAUAGGCGUGUUUACUUUUAAAGAAUGCCUUUAAUGGAUGCAGCAUUUUUCAUUUCCAUCUGCUAAUAUGCUUCUUUUGGAAUAAGAUCUUGCAAAGGCUGAAGAACAGAACAUUCACAUCAGAUUUGAAAAGUAAUUAAUUCUUAAAAUUGACAUUUCAGACUGAACACAGUAGCUGGUACUUGAUAAUCAUGCUCCACUGAUGUGAAAGAGGCAAAAAAAAAAAGGUUAUAACCUCUAGCUCAAAUAUUAGAUCAUAACUCAAUUCAAACAUGGCAAAGCUAAACAAGGUAUGUUUAUAUGCCCUUGCUCACCCCAAAUGACCACUCCCAGAGUGGUUGUAGUAGUAGAUUGCCAUUCAAUAGCAUUUUUAUAAUGCAAAAAAAUGGUUUUGAAUGGAGAUUAAAUGCAUUUUUUAUUAUGCUUUUUAAUAGAAAAUUACUGACGUUUUUUAAAAAUAAGAGCAAUUACAGGUUGCACUUUUUUGUUUUAAAGGUUUCCUGGCUAAGAUUUUCCAAAGUGACAUGAUACGGUUUUUAUGUAUUUAGCCUAUUGUUAAGAAAAUAUUUGCUUUUAUUAUUAAUGUCAAAUCUGUUUUCUUUUGUGUUUUCAGUUUAGAAUGCUGGACUUCAUGAAUUGCUAGAUUUGUUUUCUUUUUACAUGUUUUUUAAAGAGUUAUGUAGCAGAUAAGUAGACUCGGUUGAUUUAUUAUUUGUUUAGUUAAAUGGCUUUGAGGGGGGGUUUUGGACAGCAACAAGGAUACGUGGGUUUUGUGUGGUAAAGAAUAACGACAUUUAAAGACCACAAAGGACUCAAUCAUGUGUUCCCUCAGUUCCUAAUAGUGAGUGUUAAGCAACUCCAUUUCCGUUAGAAGUUUUUUGGGGCCCUCAUGGCUGUGGUAGCUUCUCCAAACCAAGUGACACUAUGUCACUUCAGAAAAAAUGCUGUAAGUUUUGCAACCACCUUUUAUUGAAGACUCCAAUACACCAUUUACUUCUAGCAAAGGCAGCAGAAUAACGGAAUCUAGAUUGGUGAUGUUUCUGAGAAUUUGCAAGGCAUCACAAUCCUGUUUGAACGAUUACAUAGUACACAGUCUUGGAAACAAUUCUGUACCAAGUCAUCCAAGACUCAUGUUUAGCUUUCUACUAAAUAUUUUGAAGUGUGAAAGAUGAAGAAAAACUGUGAUGUCUCCGAAGGACAUACAUUGUUUGGAAUGCUGCCGCUGAAUGUUUACAAUAAUAAUGUCGUUUCCUUGCAAAUUAUGCCUUAGUUCUGUAUGUUAAACACCCCCUUUUCUUUUUAAGAAAGGACGCAAUGAUGCUUUUCUCAAAUAAAACUCAAUGUAAUCUC